AUGGAUUCUACUGAAAGUAUCCAUGCUGUCGAUCCAGGGUUUUAUCAUCAUUUUGGUUUAGGUUUGGCUCUAAAACAACAUUUUAAGUAUAGUCCAAUAGAUAAUAUUGAAGUCAUUAAAGUAGUGAUUGGAAUUGACGGAUUACCCUUAGCCAAAAGUAGUAGUAGUCAAUUAUGGCCUAUUCUUGGUUAUGUACGCCCACUAAAGAAUAAAGUUUUUCCUAUCGGCAUAUAUUGGGGUUAUGAAAAACCAAAAGAUUCAAAUGAAUUUUUAAGAAAAUUUGUCGAUGAAUCCAAAAUAUUGACCAAUUGUGGUAUAACUAUUGAUGGUAUUACUAAACAAGUUCAAAUAGACGGUUUUAGCUUAGAUGCUCCAGCAAAAAGUUUUAUUUUAAAGAUAAAGGGACAUUCUGGAUUUGAUUCUUGUACCCGCUGUACAGUAGAAGGGGAGUACUUAAAAAACAGAACUUGUUUUCCUUAUUCUUCUACUAUGAUAAAACGUUCUCACAUUGAUUAUAUUAAUAGAAACUAUGAAGAACAUCAUGUUGAAAAUUCAAUUUCUAUAUUGGAAGAAUUGCCUAUUAAUAUUAUUAGCUCAUUUGGUCUCGAUUACAUGCAUUUGACCUGUCUUGGUAUUAUGCGCAAAUUAUUACAUUUAUGGGUUGCCAAAGGUCCUUUAAAUGUAAGAUUACCAAGCUCAGUAUCCAAGCAAUUAUCUUCAUCACUUUUGUCAUUAAGACCCUUCAUACCAUGUGAAUUUUCCCGAAAACCAAGAGGAUUAAAUGAUUUAAAUCGAUUCAAAGCUACCGAAUUACGACAAAUAUUAGUUUAUACGGGUCAAGUUGUUUUUAAAAAUAUUUUAAAUAACAAUUGCUAUAAACACUUUAUGGCAUUAAGUAUAGCUAUGAAUAUUUUAUUAACUAGCAACAUGGGCAACUAUGUAAAAUAUGCUCAAAAUUUAUUAUACUACUUUGUUCAAACUUUUGAAACUUUAUAUGGAAAACAUUUUAUGUCUUUUAAUGUUCAUGGGCUAGUUCAUAUUAGUGAUGACUAUGAAAGAUUUGGACCUUUAGAUAAUAUUGCAGCUUUUCCAUUCGAGAAUUAUUUAAAAAGUUUAAAAAAAAUGAUACGUAAACACGACAAACCACUUCAACAAAUUAUAAGGCGAUGUAAUGAAAGACAUUUUAUUGAAGGAAAAACAUCUGAACAACAUUUGAAAAACUGUGAACAAUUAAAACAUAAACACACUGAUGGACCACUUUUAGAAAAUCUUAUAGGAUUUCAAUAUAAAAAGUUAUACUUAAAAAAUAUUAAAAUUAAAGUUGGAAACAAUGCUGACUCGUUUAUAUUAAAUGAUUCUAAUGAUAUAAUAAAAGUUGAAAAUAUAGUAAGCUUACAUAAGACAAAUGAAAUUGUUAUUAUUGGAAAAGUAUUUGAAAUUAAAAAACCUUUUUAUGAAAAGCCUAUUCCAUCAAUUGUAUUAAACAUUUAUGAAGUUAAUAACCUGUCGCUAACUCAUAAAUACUGGUCUUAUAAUUGUAUUAAAAAUAAAAUGAUGUUAUUGGAAUUGAAUGGACAAAAGAUAGCCAUUCCAAUUAUUCAUGAUAUUGAUGGACAGUAA